AUGUCUCUCGUAAAAAGCUUCUGCAGGAUCAUGGGGCGCGUCGCGCCCCUGCACCUUGCUGAAAAGUGGGACAAUGUCGGCCUCAUUCUAGAGGCUCCGCAUGUGCGCCCCGACGCCAAGCGCAUCCUACUCACCAUCGACCUUACACCCGCGGUGGUAGAAGAGGCUCUCGCGAGCGCGACCUCCCUCAUCGUCUCCUACCACCCGCCCAUCUUUAAGCCGCUCGCCUCUAUCACACUGGCAAAUCCGCUCCAGGCGUCCCUCCUCCGCUGCGCCGCCGCCGGCAUCUCCAUCUACACGCCGCACACCGCGCUUGACUCCGUCACGGAUGGCCUCAACGACUGGCUCUGCACGAAGGUCGCAGGCCCGUUGCGCGACAUCAACUGGUCCGCGCGCUUCAUCGGACAGGAAUAUCCUGAAGGUCUCGGUGGCGUGGGGCGUAUCGUGACACUGAAGCAGCCGGUAGAGCUUAAGAUGCUGCAGUUCACCAUCCGGACCGAGCUCGAGCUGAAGCACAUUCAAGUGGCGUACGCGAAGCCGGAGCAAGAGAAGACGAUGGUCAGCACGAUCGCUAUAUGCGCGGGCUCGGGUGGCGGGAUGCUACUCGGCGUCGACGCCGACGUAUACUUUACCGGCGAGAUGUCCCACCACGAAGUCCUCGCGGCCGUCCAAAGUGGGCACAACGUCAUCCUUUGCGGACAUACAAACACCGAGCGGGGCUUCCUCCCCUGGCUUGCCAAGGAUAUCGAGGAGUUCAUCCAGGAGGAGAUCGAUCAGCCGACCGACCCAGCAGGAGUCGAGUUGCUCAAAGGUCUCGAGAUCGUGGUCAGCCAGCAGGACAAGCACCCCCUUGUGACAAUCGACUCGUAA